UCUUUGUUGAAAAAAGAAAGAGAGUAGAGAGCAGAGAGAAAGGAAGAAGAGUGCAAGAUGAAAUUGCUCAUUGAUGUUUUUUGCACAUCUUGGGACAUUGCGAAAUCUUUUCGGAUAUUAUAGAACAAUUUCUAAAAUCCUCUGGAUGUCUUCAAGAUAUUCCAGAGGAUUCCGAUGAACAUAUGUUCCCAUUUCAUCCUGAAUCAUCCAGAACAAGAAUAAAUAUCGAUUUUUUCCCCAAUUAUGACGAUCAGAAAAUCGAUCUUCAGUCAAAAACGGUUACAAACUCGCUGAUGAAAAAUGCUUCGAGAAUUUGCAUUCGCUUCCACAAGAAGACUCUUCGUCUUUUUGUGUGUGAUGAUGGAGAAGGACUGUCUUUCGAUGAUCUGCAACAUCUUGGGAUUCAAGAGGAAAAUUCAGAAUUUACUUCGUCUCAGAGUUUACAAUUGUUCGAGAAAAAACUCAUUAAACUUCGAGAAUUGUCUAUUUCUGUGGGCGUCAUGAGUAGACACAAAGAUAAUGACACUUUUGUGAAGAUCAUCAGGACAAAUGAAAUCCUCGAAUGCCGGAGGAUUUCUCAAUGGCCAAAACCUGGGACGAUAAUUAUUCUCAGGUUUUCACGAGAUGAUAUUCAUGACAUGAAUAUUUCUAUCUCUGAAUUGAAAACUAUUGUUGGAUCUUUUGCUUUGAAUAAUCCUGAGGUAUUCUUCACACUUCAAACAGAUGGAACAGCAGAAAAAGUGCAAAUCAAAAAGCAAAAUGAACCCAUGAACACUCUCCAAAUAAUUUGCAAUCAUCUACUGGAUCCUGAGAGAAUCCAGUACUUUCAGAACGAAAAGAUAAAGGAUCGAGUGAUCAGUGGAUAUUUCGGCUACGACUGCUCCAGAGAGAUUAUUCAGAAGAUAUUUCUGAAUAACGAAGAAGUGAAUUGUCCAGAGAUCGUAGAAAUCGUAACAACUAAUUAUAUAAAUACUGUGAACUCCUAUGGUAGUAGAAACAAUCUCGCCUUCAAUUUGAAGAGGGAAAAAAUACUGUUGCUUCUGUACAUCAAUUCCCCUGAUUGUCUUCUUCAGAAUUUGAUAAAAGAUGAGGGCUUUCUAGAUACUGUGGAGUUACGUGUCAUCAGGGCUGUCUCUCUGCAGCUCAAGACAAUCUCCAUAAAGAUGUUGCAACACAUCUUUCCCUUAACAAUCAGAGGACAGGUUUCAAAGAAUCCAAAGGCCCUUAAAAAACGAAAGAUUGAAGCUAAGACUUCAGUCUCUAAGAAGAAAUUUCUACCAGACUUGCGAAAUAUUAGCUUGCCUCUGCUCAGCUUCACCUGCAAACAAUCUCGGUUGUCUAAGACGAGACGUCAGAGCUCACGGGAAAGAUUGAAUGAAAAUGGAGUUGAAUGGAUUAAUAAUAGGGGUGAAGGCAAGAGCGAUGGAAUAUCUCUGUUGGUCACGAAUUCUGGAGAAGCCAAACGCAAUUUGAGUUGUCAAUUGAAUCAGGGAGAGGCGUUUGCGACAGUAGGAAAUGAUACGAAGUCCUGGGAAAUAUCGUAUGCUUUGGAUGAUCUUGGUGAGUGGUCCGAUUGGAAUUACGAAGACUCUCCCAAUCGUGAAUUUAAUCAACAGAAGUAUUACGAUUUUUUACCUCAGAAGCUUCGACAUCUCAUUCCUGCAACCCAGAGCUUGACGCGGGGACAUCUUGUUCAGCAAUCGAAGACGAUGGGUUUCAAGUGGAAUAGAGCGGAGCAAAAAAUUGAACAGAUUCAGUUAGCAAGACGUCAAGACUCUCGUGUGAGACCCUGUAAAAAUUCUCAGAGUAAAAGAAUGGAGAUAACAUUACAAAAGGCAAUUUUAAAAAAUAUGAAGGUACUACGUCAAGUGAAUAAGGAAUUUAUUGCUGGAGUAGCAGAAUACGAGAACAAGAAAUAUCUCUUGCUGAUUGAUCAACACGCGAUGGAUGAGAGAAUUCGCUAUGAGGCACUCCUUAAAGAAUACAGAUGUAAUCAAAAUACCCUAUUACGAUCUCACCUGCAUCGCCAACUGGAGAUUAUUGAUCUACCUGAGAGAAUAAUGUCGUCAAUAUUACUGAAUUCACAAGUGCUGAUCCGUUUUGGUGUCACUUUCAAACGACAGAGUGAAAACAGUGUAACAGUGUCAACAAUUCCAAAUUGUUUUUUAUCGAAGAAACGUAACAAUCUAGUGAAUAUGGUGAGCAGUGUUAAAGAGUUAAUCUUCGAAAUCGGGGAAAAGUUAAUUAGUAGAAGUGGUGUUACGUGUUUACCUAUUGCGAUUCAUAAUGCCAUAGCAUCGGAGGCCUGUCAUGGUGCCAUCAGAUUUGGUGAUGCACUGAACAGAAAUCAAUGCGAUGCAGUGGUGUCUCAUUGGAUUGAGACAGAUUUACCAAAUAGAUGUGCCCAUGGACGCCCGGCAGUUAUUCCACUCUUGGAAAUAAGUGCCUACAGGCAAAGGUAUCACCAGGUCUUCAGAGAGAAACUGAGCUUCGAAUCCCUGAAGAAACAACGCAAGUGAUGAUUUAAAUGAUUGUAAUUAUAAUAUGAUUAUGUCAAGAUUUA